ACGAGAUUAAAACAGUCUAGUAUCUCGCCAUCUGACAUCUGUGUGCAAGGACUACCAAGAAGCUGACAACAGUUCAUUGUCAUUCAAACCGGAAGAGGCAAUCAUUCCGAAAAAGUGUGUGCAUUAUUUGUUUCAUUGUGUGCGUCAGAUCUGCUAGUGCUAUUGUCUCCCUUUUUGUGCGUGUUGCAUAUUCAUAUAGGUUGGUGACAACGCGCAUUAUAGAUAUGCUAAAAUAAACUACACGAGGACUUAUUAGAAGCAGCCUGAAAGAUGGACUUGUAACGUCAAUAUUGGCCUAUAGUCUGCAUUCUCCAGGAAUUAAGGUAGCAGAAUGCUAUGGCUAAUCUUCCACUGGCUCUCGCCAACGUCGGCCGGAACAUCCACUUCGAAGAUAGCUACACACUUUCACGGGACGAGAAGCAUAUGAGCUCUUCCCGGGAUGCCAAUGGCUGUGCUUCAGCGCAUCCUUCCGAGGUCUCCCUGGACUUCGAGGCCACCAACACGGCCACCCUGGUCAAAUGCCGGAACCAUAACUCUAACGGUGACGUCGAGCGCAGCAUCUUCAACAACGGCGUCGUACCGCCGGACGCUGGGCACGGGGAGUCGCCUCCCUCCACGCCGGCAACGCUGCGUCAGCAUGUCACUCACGAAGAACGUUUAUCCAGCAUCAGCAGCCAGUUAGCCUUGUUUCGGGACUCCAGUGCGGAGCCCAGUUCUUCAGACCCAAACAGCAAAGAGAAAACUUUAUCAUUGAAACGUGUCAAGGGUUCUUUCAACGACCUUGACCUAGAGAAGCUAUAUAAAGACUAUACAGUCAGAAGCAAAUUUCCUUUAGUGGUGAUGUACCUAGCUGUGCUGACUUUUGCAACAUUGGUGCUACUUUUAUUAACAGCUAGUCAGAUAGAAAAAGAAGCUAAGAGCAUUGGACGUCUAGUCAUAUUGUGUCUAACUUUGAUCCUGUUUAUCUCCCUGCUUAUCGUGAUACUACGAUUUCGCCAAAAGUCUUUCAUUAGUCAGCCUACAAGGCUAGCAUUCACCAUUGUGGCUGUGACUACUCUUUCUAUCAUAAUCUAUUUUAUCCUUGGAUAUGAUGAGAGAACGCCUACAUCUGAUGUCCCUGCAUUGUUUUACACUGUUGUUGUCUCCUACAUGGUAUUACCAUUGUCUAGAAAGUGGAUGGUUAUCUCAGGUACAGUCAUUAUAUUGGCUCAUCUGCUCACAACAACACUUGUGAUUCUACUCAAUCCUAAAGAUCGUCAUAAUGAUUUACCUGCACAGCUUCUUUGCACUUUACUUACAUUGGUGUGUGCCAAUGUAUUUGGGCUGAGUCAUAGAUUCUUGUCAGAAAUAGUCCACAGAAGAGCUUUCUUGGAGGCCAGAAAUUCUGUUGACUCAAUGAUCAAAUUAGAAAAGGAAAAACAACAGCAGGAUGAGUUAUUAGUGAGUUGCAUACCAAGCAAUCUAAUAACAGAGAUCAAGAAAGACUUACAAGAAAACAUGAGGGAGCCUAGGCCCACCAUAUUUCAUGAUUUGUAUGUUGAAAGAUAUGACAAUGUGAGUAUACUGUAUGCUGACAUUGUCAACUUCACACCUUUGGCAUCAGAAUGUACAGCUGCAGAGUUAGUUAAAAUGCUCAAUGAACUGUUUGGAAGAUUUGAUCAAUUAGCUUCAAAAAGUAAUUGCAUGAGAAUAAAGAUCUUGGGUGACUGUUACUACUGUGUGUCAGGAGUGCCAUCAGCAGACAAAAACCAUGCACUGAAUUGUGUCAGAAUGGGACUCAGAAUGCUAGAUGCAAUCAGAGAUGUCAGGGAAGCUACAGGUGUAGAUGUUGACAUGAGGAUUGGUGUCCAUACUGGUUCUGUUCUCUGUGGUGUCCUGGGUCUUAGGAAGUGGCAGUAUGAUGUCUGGUCAGAUGAUGUCACCAUAGCCAACCACAUGGAGUCUGGUGGUCUGCCAGGUCGAGUUCAUAUUUCUAGACAAACUCUGGAUUUUUUGGAAGGAGAAUAUGAAGUAGAGGAAGGAAGAGGUCAUGAGCGAAGCGUUUUCUUAGCAGAAAACAAAAUAGAGACAUAUUUGGUUAUUCCUGUUGAGAGGCGGCAUGCCAGAGAUAGAAAGCUUGGUAAAACCAGAUAUCAUCUAAGUGGUCUGCGUAAAUCUUUAAGAGUAUCAAAAUUUUUAGAAACUUGGGGUGUGGACAAACCAUUUGCUAAUUUGAAAACCAGUUCUAUGGUAUCCAAAGUUCUGAGUUUAACUAGCUUGGCCUUAAUAGAUUCUAAUUUUAUGAUGAACUCAGCUGGUAUAGAUCAAGGUUUAAUGGCAGCUGACAAGCAGCAACAAGAAGAGAUAAAUAUGAGACUACAGGAACGUCUAAACAACAUCAACAACAGUAGCUUUCACUCUCAUCCUGAUGCUGAGAUGCAUCCUGUGACAUUAAGGUUUUUAGACCAGUCAGCUGAAAACAGUUUCUCUAAACAAUCUGAUGACAUGUUUUCAUUUUAUGUCAUCCCUGCAUUUGUCAUCUUUUUUAUUAUAUUUAUUAUCCAAGCUAUUAUGUUACCAAGAGUGACUGUAUUGUUUGUUACAUCCACUUUGGGCAUUUUAUUUUUUACUGCUUUGACUGCAGUCUGUCUGUGUAACAAGAUACAUAUUUUUAGGUACUGUCACAAGUUUUUGGAUAUUUUCACACACAUAUCUACAACUAUUGGCAACACAUCAUAUAUAAGAGUUCUCUUUUCUUUGUCCUGUGAAGUAUUGAUAUUUUUUACAUCAACUAUUAGCAUGGCCUAUUGUCAGGCUCAAGAGUUUACGAAAAACUGCAGUGAUAAUGUUAAUGUCACAAUGGAAGCUGGCACUGCAUUGUGUAGUUACCCAUCAUAUUAUUUACUCUGCUUUCUGCUGGCCUUCACAAGUUACAGUAUCUUCAUUCAAAUCAGUUUCAUCAUUAAGUUUCUUUUCUUGGGUGCUAUGUUCUCUCUCAACACCAUCUUAGUACAUGUUGUCAGAUGGCAAAUAUUUGACACAUAUGAUUAUAUGUUUUGUAAUACAAGCCCUCAUGGAUUCUCAUUAAAAGUAGAAACAUCCCUGUGUAUAGCUGUUGUUCUCUUCACCAUGCAUUUCUUAGACAGACAGAUGGAGUUUGCCAAUCGACUUGGUCACCUCUUCAAAUUACAGUUCCAACAAGAAACAGAGCAGGUAAAAAUGAUGGCAGCCAUCAACAAGAUUGUAUUAGAGAACAUCAUACCAGCUCAUGUGAUUGCUUAUUACCUUAGGACAUCCAGAAAACAUGAAGAUCUUUAUCAUGAGUCUUGUAGUGAUGUGUGUGUGAUGUUUGCUUCAAUACCAAACUUCAAAGACUUCUACCAACAAACCAAAACCAAUGGUGAAGGACUAGAAUGUAUCAGAGUGUUGAAUGAAAUUAUAUCAGACUUUGAUCUGCUGUUGAUUAAAAAACACCAAGAGGUGGAGAAAAUCAAAACUAUUGGCAGCACUUACAUGGCAGCUACUGGACUUCACACAGGAUCCAGGAAAAAUGAAGAUGAUAUGUCCUGGGAAAAAAAUAUUGUUGCUUUAAUAGAGUUUAGUUUGGCUAUGAUUGGUACACUGGACUUGAUCAACCGACAUUCAUUUAAUGAGUUUAGUCUCAGAAUAGGUGCCAAUCAUGGUCCUGUCAUUGCUGGGGUCAUAGGUGCCAGAAAGCCACAGUAUGACAUCUGGGGAGACACUGUCAAUGUCGCCAGUAGGAUGGAUAGUUCAGGUGUUUCAGGUAAAAUUCAGGUAACUGAAGAAACAGCAGCUGUUUUAAUAAAAAAUGGUUACAGCCUUGAAUACAGAGGCCUCACCAAGGUGAAAGGGAAAGCCCCCAUGAAAACAUUUUUCAUCCUUGACAGAAGACCUUUUGUUGAUCCAAAAGACAGACUCAUUGAACUAACACGUCUAUGAACUAUUUCCUUUAUGGUGUAAACAAAGCUCUCCAAUAUUGAAGAUUAAGUAUUAAGUGCUUUUCAAAAUAAUUGAUUGGGAAAUGGACCAAAGAAUGAUGAAACCUGAGCACUUGCUGAGUGUUACAUCCCAGGCCUUUCUUGUUAGCAGUUUAGUAUUAGACUGCUGUGAUUUAGGUCCCAAGACCUUUAUCUCCGCUGAUAUGCACUCAAUCAGUUCAAAAGUUCAUUACUUUAAUGACACCAACUGACUUCUGGUUCAAAUGACAGAUGCAAGUCAUGAAAAAUCCAAAUGUCCGUUUUUUUUUGAUGAUCUGCUUUUUGAUAUAUAACUUUUUACUUUAAAAUUCCAACUGUUAACUAAAUAAUUUAUAGAAAAAAAAAAUGUGAACUGUGUCCUAAAUAAAAAAACAAACAAAACAGUGAAAUCUGCCCAUGCGGAGUGUCACCAGUGAAUGCUGACCAUGUCCUUCAAAGCUGUAUUCUUUACCAAGAGGCCCUAACAAGAUACUGACCUCAAAACAUGCCUAUAGAAAGAAAUCUAUAUGGAGAGCUGCCUAAUCUGGAAACCACUGCACAGGUCAUCAAAUAUAUUGGUCUAGCAAUCUGAAUACUCCAACAUAAUAAUGAGAAUGAGGAAGCAGAGGAAGAAAAAAAAAUCUUUUAUCUGGUUUUGAACUCAAUCUUUUCAGUUUCCAGUUUUUUUUUUCAAGCAUUAGGUUCCCAUUUUCAUUUAUUAAGCAAGAAUAAAUGUAAUCUCAGUUUGAAAUAUUUAAAUGCUUUGAAUGAUAACUUUACAAAUUGAUGGUUUUAACCUUAAGUCAAUAAGUCUUCAUCAUUAUAUAUUAUAUAUAUGGUUACCAAAGUGUUACAAGCUUGAAAGUAUAUAGAGAAAAAAUGAUAUCAAAUUCCUGAUUCAACUAAAGUCAAUAGAAGCAAAGCAAAACUUACUUAUGUGAUUGUCAUUUCUAUUGUUUUUUUUGACUGAGUUAACUGUUAACUCUUAAUACCCAACUACUAUUUGAUGGAAACCCAAAACAUAUUAUGAAUACAGCACAGAAUAAAUUUAUAUCCUACCUCUCAAUUCUAUCUGAUGUUAAAUUUACAAUAGCACUGUACUUUUGAUGCUUUGUGAUAUGUUCCAGAUCAAGUUCUUCAAUUACCACAAGUACAAUAUGAUAAGAGUAUAAAAGCUAUAGAGAUUGUAUGGACAGAAAUCUGAUCAGAUAUUAACAUUGAAUCAUUCAAAUAUACUUCCAAUACACAAAACCUUCAAGAGUUACUGGUUUAUGAUUACAUAUUAUUGACCUAAAUGGAUUUCUUUACAUUACUCUUAACUGAAAUCUGAUUCUCACUGAACUAAAGAGAAUGUCUUAUUAUUCAAAUGUUAUUUUUUUUGUUUCAAUGUGAAGACAUCUAUAAAUGAGGAAACUAUAUUUAUAUUGCACAAAUUAAGCAGGUAAAAGUCAGAACUCCCAUCAAUUAUAUGUUUCCCUGGUGACUGUACAAUUGCCUUCAGUAUUUAUUUUCAUCUAUUUUUGAUCCUUUAAGGGGGAAAAAUUGUCUCUGGAAAUAAAAACUAACAUAAGUGUACCAGCUGUACAUAAAUAUUGAUAAAUACACAAAUACACAUUUCCAACAAUGAUUUUAAAAAGGAAAUAGCAGCAAAUUUUAUCAUUUGAUUUUUUAGUAUAUUUUAUGAUCAAUUUCAUACAAAAUGUUAUGAUUUUCCAUUAUUAUUUUAUCAUAAUAAUCUGCAUCAUCUGUCCUAAAUAUCACAAAGUUUGAAAGGGAUAUUUUGUUUUAAAAUUUUUUCCUAAUGUUUGUAAUCUUAAUAUAUAAUUGUUGAACAUUUUUUUAACAUUUUCACUUUCUUGAAAUCAAAAGUUGUCACUGCUGUAUAUAUAUAUAUAUAUAAAUAAAUAUAUAUCAAUAAUUAUAUAUUGUUUAACUGUUGAAUAAUAUUUUUUUUUCCAUUUUAAGUCUGUCUUCUAUCAAUAAAUAAAUAUGAUCAAUCCAAAUAA